ACUCUGAGCAGCGGUUAAUCAUUCAGUCCGCAGUAUUCCGUGCUCCGGAGUACAUCGCUGCUCGCGGGCAGCAACGCCCUCGCACUCGCACCCGGCCGCGAACAGAGACAUCCGACAUGGACAUGCACGAACCAACACCACCUCCAGCGGCCGCACUGGCAGGAGCGGGAACCUCCUCAGCCAUCUCCGGCCCGAGCCAGCCGCCCCAGCCGUCCCAGCCGUCCUCGUCACAACCAUAUCAACAGCCACAACCACAACCGCAGCAGCAACUACCCCCGUCCGCUCGACCGUCCCACCCGAGUCCCGCCAUCCCCGUCGCGCUCAACGAAGCCGCGCUCGACUCGCCGACCUUCCGCGCCACCGCUGUGCACUUCGCCGACCAGCUCGACGCCAUCGAGCGCUGGCUCGACAGCUACGCCCGCAGCACCUCCAAGCUCGUGCACGACGUGCUCGCCGUCGAGGAGUCGGUGCACGCCUAUCUGGCCAAGAUUGCCCCGCCCGCCAUCGCCUCGCCCGCCGACUCGCCCGUGCUCGAUGCCGACUACACGCUCGCUGCCCUCCGCCGCGCCGCCGACGGCGCCCGCGACUGGUGGGGCGGCCUGCUGGCCGUCGUGCGCCGCCUCGAGCCGCUCAGCGUCGAGCCCAUCCGCGCCUUCGCCCAGGGCGACCUGCGCACCUUCAAGGAGCUGCGCCGCGCCCUGGACGCCGCCCAGAAGGCCUUCGACGGCACCCUGGCCCGCUACGCAGCCCAGAGCAAGACCAAGGAGCCGAGCGCCCUGCGCGAGGACGCCUUCGCCGUCUUCGAGACCCGCCGCACCUACCUCAAGGCCAGUCUGGACUACUGCCAGAUGGCGCCGCAGGUCAGGGCCGGCCUGGAUCGCUUGCUCGUGAAGAUCUGCUCCGACGUGGCGAGGGAGAUGCGCCGCGCCCGGGAGACGUCGUCGGGCGUGGUCGGGCAGAGCCUCCUGGGCGACGAGCUGGAGCGGAUCAGGGGGUGGGCGCGCGAGAUGGAGAUCGCCGAAGGCGUCUUCAAGAGGGAGCUGCAGAUCGCGAGGAGGGACAUCGGCGAGAGCACGCUGGCCGCCUACAGGCCGUCGCGCGAGCUGGAGGACUAUAGCGUCUCGACCGUGCCCUACCUGGGUUCCAAGGGCCCCAUGAGCAUGCAACGGAAGGGCCAGGCUGCCGUCAUCUCCGAGAAGCAGGGCUGGCUGUUCCUGCGCCUGCUCGCCGGGAAACCGGUCAGGACGACCUGGGUGCGGCGGUGGUACUACUGCCGCAAUGGCAUCUUCGGCUGGCUGGUGCAGGGACCGCACGGGGUCCUGCAGGGCGACGAGAUCGGCGUGCUGCUGUGCAGCGCCCGCCCGGCCGUGCAGGAGGAGCGCCGGUUCUGCUUCGAGAUCAAGACCAAGACGCAGACCAUCAUGCUGCAGGCCGAGACACAGGCGCAGCUGAUCGAGUGGCUUGAGGUGUUCGAGGUGGCCAAGAAGAAGGCGAUCGAGGCCAGCAUGGGCCGAGAUCAGAGUGCCCUGGUUGGCGGCGUCGACCCGGCCUUCUCGAUCACCCCGCCGUCGAUCCCGGAGUUCGCCGCCGCGAAGAUGCUCGACAGCCUCGAGGAGCCGGGCAGCGCCUUGGAGAAGCAAGCAACGCUCCCCGUCCCGGGCCAGGACGGCGGCCUGUCGCGAGCGAGCUUCGAUGCGGGACCUCGCCGGGCCAUCACUACCCACCUUGGGCGAGAGGAGGGCGAGACCGGGCGGGAGCACGCGGCGCGUAUCAUGCAGAAGCUGGAUCUCCACCGCAAGUCGGCCUUCGCGAGCUCGGUUGAUGCGACUUCGCCUGCCCCUUUCACGGGCGCGGCAGGGCUAGUCUCGAGCAUAGCGGCGCCUCCCCAGAUUGGGCAGACUCCGCUGCGGCUGUCCCACCCUGCGCUCGAUCAUCAACCGGGAAGCUUGGCUCCCGUGACGCUGGCGAAGCCGCCCAUCACGACGAACCUGAGCAAAACCGCGAUUCUUGCGAGCGCCAACGCAGGAGCCACUCGCGCGCUGCCGAGUGCUGCUAUGGCAAACUACUGGGGCAGCAGCCCCUACACAUCUAUGUUCUGCCCCAGCCCCUCCUCGUCUCCCACGCCCAAGCCGGACGCCAGCGACCCGUUCGCGACUACCGCCGUGCCUCGGACCCCGGCCCUGGAGAAGGCGCCGGCGGCGGCGUCGACGCCGCCAAGCUCCCAUAGAAAGACGCUGAGCGUGGAUGCCCUAUCUUCAGACAUGAAAGCCCGGGAGGCGGCGCCAUCCGAGACAUUCCCGCCGAACUACCCGCCUGAGCUCAGGGCUCAGUACGCUCAAUUCAGGUUGCUCUUCCCGACGGCCCCCACGGACGACAAGCCGGUACUGGUCUUCAAUGCCGCCUGGUCCAGCGCGUUAGCCGAUGGCAAGGAAGGAGGCAUGGCUGGCAACGGACGCAUCUUUGUCACGCCGGACCGCAUGUACUUCUACGGGCACCAGAUGGGCCUGGUCCUGGCUUACGCCAUCAACCUCGACAGCAUUGCCGAGCUGACCGCGGCGCCGGGACGCGAUUGCGACUUCAUCUACCUGCACCUGAACCAGGAAUUGCAGGACAUGCCAUACUCGCGCAUCACCAUCAAGGUGUUCCUCGAGGACUUCUCCCUGCUUCAGGCGCGCCUCAAUCUCCUGGUUGACGAUCUCCAGGCCGCCGAACCAAUGCAGCAGUCCGAGGUCAUCGCCGCGCUGUCCAGCCUGAGCAAGGAGCCAGACGACAGACGGAGCCCCAGCGUCGAGAGCUGGGAAGAGGUAUCGUCCAACACGCCGGCCGAUGACGGGACGCCGUUCGGCAGGCCGGUCGCGAGGAGGGCGCAGGAGCUUCACGGCAGAUACCGGUCGUCGCGCGGCCUGAAGAAGCCGACGGCCAAGUUCCAGCUGCCCGCACAUCCCGUCGCGUUCGAGCCGGAGGACAUGGGCAAGAGCGUGGCCGAGAGGCACUUCGAGAUCAGCGCCAAGUCCUGCUUCCACGUCCUCUUCGGCGACAAGAGCUUCAUCUUCCCCAAGCUCUACUUCGAGCGCGGCGCGAAGGAGAUCGCCCAGGGCCCGUGGGAGCUGCAGGACCACGGACGCAUGCGGCGGCAGUUCCGGUUCAAGGUCGACCACGUCGACAUGCUCGGCCGCAAGAAGGCCGGCGACGUGACCGACACGCAGACCAUCGACGUCUUCAACGACCACAUCACGUACGUGGUCACGCACGUCAAGACGCCGUGGCACCUCCCGCACUCGCAGGCCUUCAAGCUCGUCACCAAGGUGGUCAUCACGCACCUGGCCAAGUCCAAGUGCAAGCUGGCCAUCUACACCAAGGCCGACUGGUCCAAGGCGCCCGCCUUCGCCAAGAGCAUGGUGCAGCGGCAGGCGCUCGGCGACGCGGCCAACGACGCCGAGGAGCUUGCCGAGGCGGCGACGGACCAGGUGCGCAGGCUGGGCCCGCACAGCCGCACCAAGCGCGCCAUCCAGGCGUACGGCAACAUCGGGCAGCAGACGCAGACGAUCGUCUUCACGCCCGACACGGCGGCGGCCUCCGACGGCCACGCGCCGCACCACCACCACCAUCACCACCACCACAAGACCGGCGCGGCCGCGGUGCGCCCGCGCACGCUGACCGACAUGAUGCUCGAGACGGGGCGGUCCUUCAUGGAGAGCGCCAUCACGAGCGUCAUGAUGUGGGCCUUCGCCGCCGUCAAGCGCGUCUACCACAUCGUCACGGCCAACCGCGUCACCCUGCUGCUGCUGGCCGCCAGCGCCGCCUACAACCUGCUCGUCAUCUCGCAGGCCGGCGCCGCAUGGUGGGUCGAGCGCAGGUCGGCGCGGUACAUGAGCCGGCUCGGCGUCGGGCCCAACCUGGUCAUGAGCAAGGCGAUCUACCUGGCAGACCUGGACGAGGCGGCGGGCGCUGGCGCAAUGGCGUUGAAGGAAGGCGGGGGCACUCACAGUAAAUGGUAAACUAAUCAACUCCUUCUCCACCCCCCACCC